AUGAAAAGUGAGGAGGCCUCAAGUGAUGAUGUGAGAGAAGCUGUGAAUGCAAGUGGGCAAGUUGAAACCCACGCUUCUAUCACGUCCACCGCACGAUGUACGCUUGAUGAGUUCAGGCGCUGUAUACUCGCAGAGCACAAUCCUGAAGAAAUAUAUUUGCAACUGAAUUCUCGGGGGAUCGAUGGAUCACCGAAUACGUGUGAGGCGCGGCUAAAGGAGGCCGUGCUAAGUACCGAUAGGAAAACUAUAGGAGCGACGGCAACGGGGAAGGGCGGAGUCGGGAAGACCUGCGCUCUUCGAGCGAUUGCGCACGACGAUGACAUCAAUGCUCAGUUUUCAGGCGGAGUGUACUUGAUGUCUUUGGGGAAAGACGCCAACGUAGGGCGGCUGAUUGAGCAACUGUGUAUGGCCGUAAAGGCGUCUGGUGGCAACCAGGCGGCUGCAAAAAUGCGAGAGCAAAGCGAGUUGAGCAGGGUACUGACCGAGAUGCGAGCAUGGUUCAACACACGUGUAUGCCUGUUCAUUAUUGAUGAUGUGUGGGCCGUGAAUGGUAUAGAUGCGUGUAUUCUUCAGAAGUUGUCCAUUCUCGCUGAUACAGCAGGAGACAUCCGAGAGAGGAGCAGACUUCUGUAUUCCACGAGGGACUCCGAGCUGAAACAGGUCGGUAAGCGAGUGACUUUCGAGCCGAGGGAAAAGGAAGGGAGCGAUUCAGUUCACAUGGUCAUGCUUGCGAGCGGGGCGAACCCGGAGGAAGCGAAUGAUCCGAGAUGCAAAGAGGCCGUGAGCGAAAUAUUGAAAUCGUGUGCUGGUUUGCCGCUUGCUCUGAACGUAGCCUGGACGGGUGUCAGGUGCAUGAGAGAUAGAUGGGAGGGAGAAAAGUCACAAGCGUGGGAGGCAUACCUGAAGAUGAAGAGCCGCAACACGCUUCGUAGUGAGAGUCCAGAGGAUGGGUAUUCGUCGUUAGACGCGACAUUACAUGCGGCACUAGAUAUUUUGGAGUCCGGCAUGGGGAGCGAUGCGGAGAGGUUACGUCAGUUUUCGUUUCGAAAGAUACAUCGGAGUUUGUGUAUUAUGAAGAAACAAGACCGGAUGCCUUUGUCGUUGGUAAGAGAGUUGUGGGAGAUGGACUACAAAUUGGCGGACAAAUGUGCGAAGCAGAUGGAUAGGGUUGGAUUAGUAGACCUUCAUUACGACAAUGAUGGUGGGUGGGUACGGAUGCAUGAUCUGACGCACGAUUUUGCGGUGCAGGAGGCGCAGAAGGAAGAAAGUGCAACGGUCUGGUAUAAGAAGUUGGCAGAUGUAUGCAAGCAGGGAGGAGGACUGCUUGCUAUAACUGAGAGCGAGGGCAGAGAGAGCAAGGAUGCAAGAGAGAAGUAUGUUUUCGAGAACACAUAUCGCGUUCUGAAACAGGGCGGGUGUGUGGAGGAGCUGAAGAAUCUAUUUUUGAAAGCGCAAUGGGUGAAGGCAGUGAUACAGAGAGGCGGGGUUUGGCAAUAUGGGGAAGCUGUAAAGGAUCGAAGUAGCUUUUUGAGCAACAAGGGAGGAAGCGAGAGCCUUUUAAGGGAUACGGGAGAAGAAGAUUCGUUGUAUGCGAUGGAAUUGAUGAUGAGAGCUGCACGACUGAGUGUACCAUUUUGUGGUGAAAACAGUGCCGGGAUUUACUUUCAACUAUAUGGGCGAGUGAAGCACAAGGCACGGGAUUCAAGUUGUGUGCGAAAGAUCCUGGAGGAAAUCGAGACAUACGCACCACGGCCGUGGGUGCAGCCUGUGAGUGAGUGUGUAGCGCGAGCCGAUGGAAGGUUGGUAGAGCAGAUUGUUUUCCCGUCUGUCAGUUCCAGAGCCGUUCAAGUCGGGAUGGAUUCCAGGGGUGAAGUGAAUGGAUGUUGGGUGGAGUGGCACGAGGGGGCCGUAACAGUUUUCACGCAAUCUGCUGAGAAGGAGACGAAGAUGGUUCGAUUAGAAGGCGAGUUCGAAACGGCGAGCCAGAGCCCAGGGGACCUUGAAGCAAGAAGUGUAACCUCCGAAGUGACUGGAAAAAGACGGAGCGUGACGAGUGCUACCUGCGCCACUUUCUGUGAGAGGAAGGGGUAUGUUGUUGUGGGAUAUGACGACGGGACGUUAAGGCUGUGGAGUACGUCGGAGACGAAAGUAUUGAGAAGUUUCCGCGGUCACAGGUCGGAAGUGCGUUGCGUUGCAAUGAGUGGGGACGGAAGACGUGUUGUAUCUGGAUCUGAGGACGCUAGCGUGCGGGUGUGGGACGUGGAGACAGGAGCACAAGUCGGGGAGGCGUUAGUCGGACACACGGAUGUAGUGCGUAGCGUUGCGAUGAGUGGGGACGGAAAACGUGUGGUAUCUGGAUCGGAGGACAAGAGCGUGCGGGUGUGGGACGUAGAGACGGGAGCACAAGUCGGGGACGCGUUGGUUGGACAUACGGGUAUGGUGAAUAGCGUUACGAUUAGUGGGGACGGAAGACGUGUGGUAUCUGGAUCGUGGGACACGAGCGUGCGGGUUUGGGACGUGGAGACGGGAGAACGAGUCGGGGACGCGUUAAUUGGACACACGGAUUCGGUGGAGAGCGUUGCAAUGAGCGGGGACGGAAGACGUGUGGUAUCUGGAUCGUUUGACGGGAGCGUGCGGGUGUGGGACGUGGAGACGGGAGAACAAGUCGGGGAGGCGUUAGUUGGACACACGGAUCGGGUGGACAGCGUUGCGAUGAGUGGGGACGGAAAACGUGUGGUAUCUGGAUCGGAGGACGACACCGUGCGGGUGUGGGACGUGGAGACGGGAGAACAAGUCGAGGAUGCGUUAGUUGGACACACGGGAUAUGUUCGGAGCGUUGCGAUGAGUGGGGACAGAAGACGUGUGGUAUCUGGAUCGUAUGACAAGAGCGUGCGGGUGUGGGACGUGGAGACGGGAGCACAAGUCGGGGACGCGUUAGUUGGACACACGGAUGGAGUGGUUAGCGUUGCGAUGAGUGGGGACGGAAAACGUGUGGUAUCUGAAUCGGGGGACAAGAGCGUGCGGGUGUGGGACGUAGAGACGGGAGCACAAGUCGGGGACGCGUUAGUUGGACACACGAGUUCUGUGAAUAGCGUUGCGAUGAGUGGGGACGGAAGACGUGUGGUAUCUGGAUCGUAUGACAAGAGCGUGCGGGUGUGGGACGUGGAGACGGGAGAACAAGUCGGGGAGGCGUUAGUUGGACACACGGGUUACGUGCUUAGCGUUGCGAUGAGUGGGGACGGAAGACGUGUAGUAUCUGGAUCAUGGGACAACAGCGUGCGGGUGUGGGACGUAGAGACGGGAGAACAAGUCGGGGAGGCGUUAGUUGGACACACGGGUCCGGUGGAUAGCGUUGCGAUUAGUGAGGACGGAAGACGUGUGGUAUCUGGAUCGUGGGACAAGAGCGUGCGGGUGUGGGAUGUGGAGAGAAGGAGCACACUUCAUGUCGGGAGGGUAGAGGGUUGGCAAGAAACCACGAGUCGGUUCCUAAGGACAGCAGACGUGGGUACUGCUUCUCGCGCAGGACGAACAUCACAAAUGUUUGCAAGGAAGGGAAGAAUUGUGCACAGGCGAGAGGAUGGGUCUGAGGCUGUCUUGGCCGAGUUGGACAAUCCAAGAGACUUGCAGAUAGAUCACGAUCGCGGGGUCGUAGUUGCAGGGGUAGGCCAUCUGGUUGCUAUCAUGAAAGUAAUGGUGUAAAUUGCGGAAAGGGACAGACGCUUGGCGCCCAAGACUUUAGUGCUGCGUUGCAACUGUGCGCGGUGGUAGUGGGGAGUUUUUUGGGUUAUUGUGAGUGAAUGCGUGAGAAGCUUGGUUGACGGACGUUGCAGUGCAUGGAUGUGUAUGUAUGAAUUACCGACGUGCUUCCCUUCAUCACUCAGUGAACAAGUCUAGGGAUGCGAGCAGACCUGACGUGUAAUAAGUGUUCCAUGACGAAGGCUUGCCCUCCACGCAGAGGACUAAGAAACGUUUACAGCGGCGCCAAGCGUUCGGACAGAAGCGACAGAGGUGCCACGCCGUAGGCCGGCAGCACUCUGAAGGUAUUGUGAUGCAUUGACCGAGGUGUGCACGCGCGGUGCGCACGGAUUCGGGGUGGAUUAGCUGAGAAUUGAAAGGACAUGUGCGUCUCUCAGGUUCGCUUUUGUGCUCGCGGCCUCCCAAACGGCGACGUCCUCGUUCACGGAUGUCACAGGCAUAAUCGCGCGGAGCACGGAGGGACUUUGCGAUCGCAAGAGUAUUGGUUGCCUCGCGCGCAGGUAGGAUGGGCGCCUGCGCGGAGGGCGUGAACGACGGCGGGUUUGACAGCGACGGGCGGGUAGGCGACAGGCGUGGCCGCGGUUGAAGACGGAUGUACAGGUGGACCGGGUUGCUUCGUUUGGAGUGUGAGCAAUGUUGCUGAUGAGGUGAGCUCAGGGUGAAGUAAAGAGAGUAGGCCAUUGCCGAGGCAAUGGAGGGCAUCUCAGCAUGAAUAGUGUUGAAAGAAACGAGGCAUUUUUCACCUACUGUAAUGAUUCUAAGCCCAGAGGCGCUUACUGUUAACUUUUAGCCGAGCGAGCAAAUCGCCCGAAACGAUAUAUUCGCCGCUGUUAUCCGCGUGGAAGUACAAUUUCAAUUACUUUUGAGCGCAUAAUCAUUACUUUUCACGACUCUGCAUUGCAGUCGUUUAUGAAAAAGAUAAAUAUUUCGAAAUACGCUCACUUGUUUUGCCAGCGACGGCCUCGAUUAUUCCGACUCUUUCUCGACUCUUUUUCGACUCGUGCUCGACUCGUUCUCUCGACUGCGAUCGCAGUAAAGUUAUGCGCGCAUGAAAUCCGAUCAAGUUUUUAAACUUAAUUUCUAGGCUUUUUUUAAAAAAAAGCCUAGAAAUUAAGUCUCUCACGAAACACUUGUCGCCAUUAGUAGGCCUGCCGAAAGUGCCACACAGAGUGUUUAUUUCCACAUUUCAAGUGUAAUACCAGCGGUCGUCCAAUAGCGUCCCGUUCAAACGCCGGUUUCUGGCAGCGUCAACCUGAUUUGUUCAUUCCCCGUUUCCUGCAACAUAAUUGGACAAAGCCAGACAGGAUGGGCCCCAGAUGCAACUGAACUCUAAUUCUAACUGUCCCCCCAACGUCCACCCCGUUGCAUAUCAAACGGGCUUGUUUGUACCUUUCCGCCGAGAGGUUACGGCGCCCCGCAGUGCACCCCUCUCGCAGUCCCCGCCCCGCCCUUUGGCGCCCCGAGAUGAUCACCCACCUCAUUUCUUUUCUGCCCUCAUCAUGCCGCACGUCACAUGCACGUCGCACUGGAAACAGGGCUCAUGACAACAGCCAUGAGGUCGAAGGCACGUCGUCGUCUCGCUGCUUCGGCACCGACGCCCUACUCGUUCGCGCCCGCGUGUGACUGGCUUGCCAUAUACACGAGGACAAGGGAACACCGUAUCGGAGUUGUCAUCCCGGUCAUCCCGAAGCGAGGGGCGGUGACUAUCGGAUCGCACCCAGCCUCUCCGCAUCUGUUCUGUUCGACAGUUUUUCUUGUUUGCAUUUAUACAACUGUCCACGUUCAACCGAACGAAACAUCGGCUGAGCUGGAAAAAAUCCCCUUUGCUGCAGAGCUUGCCUGAAGAACGGCCAUUCAAAAAUGCUGCAAUUUAAAACCUAACGUCUCCCUCUGUGUGCAUGGGACCGACGCCACAGCCAAAAUCGACUUUCCCAUCGGCGUCCCACUCUGCUCGCCCUGAGCCUGCGGCAUCACGUCUGUGCCAUUCCAUCAUUGCGCUGUCCCUUUGUGUAACCCGCACCCGUGGCCUGGAGAGGCACAGGAUCAUGGUUUAAUUGCACCGCCGUGCUCAUCUCGCUGCGCUACUUCAGCCUCCGCGGAUGCCGACACUUGCUGCAGUUGUUUAUCGCCCAGGUUGAUGGACUACUACGCUUUUGGGGUUAGAGAGGACGCGCCAUGGCUGUUGCUGGCAUGGUUGGAAACGCUCCCUGAUGAAGGAGUUGUAUGUGUUGUAGCUUGUUGAGGGGCGGAUGUGCUGCCAGGACCGGGCCCAUUGCAUUGGCCUGGAUCAUGGGGCGCAGACGCAGCCUGUUGCCCGCUCGUACCUGGAGUCUGCUGUGAGGUAUCGGCGAUGGUAAUCGGCAUAACAACUCGGACCUCAUUCGACAAACUCUGUUGGACAUGUGCGGGGACGUUGCGGGGGAGCCCGGUCGAGGCUUGAGGCGGCGUGCUUACCGAAGGCACGAUGGGCAAAGGGUUGCUAGAACCAGUCUGCACGGCAGACCAGAUUUGGUUGAUAUCGAGUCUGGUUUCUUGCGUGCCCUGUGCGACGGCCGCAUUGGCGUGGAGCGGUAUCAAAGCAUAGCUCACUUGUGGAGUUGCUGCCCGAGUGCUGUCCGCAGAGCCACUAUUGUGCCUUGCAAGGCGCCUCGCAUUCAGGCCGUAUCGGGCAAGCCAUUUUUGCGUGAUGAAAUUUCUCACAUCGUCUUCUUUUGAUUCUUCGAAAGCCUUAAUAACUCGGUCCGCAUUCCGAAUCUGACGCCCGUCUGGUUCGUUUUCGUCCACUUCAUCGAACAGACUUGACUCGACGAGAAGCAUGAAGAAAAGCAUGCCAUAUUUCUUUGCUCGAUUGAGAUUUCGAAAGUCCGCUGCGAAAUGUUCUUUCGUGGAUUCAUCGACUGGCCCCCAUUCCCGUAACAACCCAAUAGCACUCAGAAACGAAGAACAUACUGAUGCCGGCGUCGCAUUCAUUGCUUGCUUUAACGUCCCGGAUUCCGCUGCAUGUUUCCUGAGGGACUCUUCGUGAUACUCAAAAACGGAGUCCCCGAUCAUGCAGAUCUCAGCGACUGCUUCAAGUGCACGUACAACUUGCUCGGGUUUACUCAACCGCGCAUUUGAAGGAUUGCUGACCACAUCUACCGCACUAUUGGCAGCUUUCCACCACAUCACGGGAUCGCCGAUGUCAUUAUUAUCCUUCAAGACGAUGAGCUUGUCGUCGACCUUCACUACUAUGCCGUUCCACAUUUUCACAUCGGUCGUUUCUGUCGUUGAAUAAGAAGCAGGAAAUCUGAGAUAUGUGUUUGUGUCGCGGGCUUCAACGACGCUUAGCUCUCGUUUCCGGGUCUCGUUUAGGGACUUCCUAUGGCGCAAGUAGCUGAUUAUCUCUCCUUUCUGGGUGUCGUUUAGGGGCCUCCCAUGACGCAAGUAGCAAAAUUUUGAAAGCUUAUCGUGGAGAGCCGGUUUUCUGCGCAUGCGGACAUAUGCUUUAAGGACAGCGAAUCGAAGACCGCUGAUAGCUUCAAGUCCUGGGAUAAGUCCGAUGAGAACGACUCCAAAAGCAUCCAAUGACAACUUGUUGGCGAGGAAUAGGACCAAACCUAAGAAGCCGGCGAGCACACAGCCCGUGCCGGAAACGAUAAGAAUGCCGACUUCAAGGUACAGAUGCCUGUUGAACCAGCUUUUGAAACCGUUGAUGAGCGUGAGAAGUGCGGACAUGAAAAAGGCCAGGGCAAUUAACGACUUUGCCGUACCGUCAGGAUUGUCCUCGUCCAUCUGGAGGAGCCGUGAAAGAAAGUCAGGGAACUAGGAUUGGGCAGAAAGUUCUGAUGGACUGGUGAUCAAAUGCGUGGCUGUGGCUGCGACUGAAAAUGUCGCAAUCUGGGAAGGUGAGAAGAAGAUGUGAUUAGUUGUGGAAACUGCGGAGACGUAGAGUGCGAUACGGAAACAUAGUCACUAUUAAAGGGCACAUGAUGUCACCUGCUGAUAUGCUGGGUUGCCCACCCAUCGUCGCAA